CGAUCACACCCCUUUACGAUUGCCGAGACGCGCGGGCAGAGGCGCGAGGCCUCCUUGGCACCUGCAGCCAAGAAAAUUCCCUCUCACACUCCUAGGAAGUACUUGAAUGCCACCAGAGAGCACCAUUGAGAUCGAGGUUGGACUCGCGCAAAGCUACUCAUCCGGCAUUGAUACAGUGCAUCGUAGCUGGCCAUGGCCUCGGCACGGAGUCUUGCCCUCGUGGUUGUCGUAGCCUCCAUGGUAACGACAUCCCAGGGAGCUCUCCCUCUAACAACCGACUCCAACUGCCACUGCUAUAACACCAACACAACAGUUACCGACUUCUUCUCGCACCAUAAGUUCUUCGAUUUCCGGGCGCUACAUCAGUAUGCCGGCGUGCCAGAGCCCAUCGACAGCUUCGAGGCCAAUGCCGAGGCGCCACCCUCGAGUGCCUUCUUCUCGAAUUCGGACCUCUUCACCAACUCGUGGGCCAUCAUGAACUGGAACAACACGGCCCUGCUUGAACUUAACGACAGCACACUCAACGAUGCCACGGUGAAAAUGGUCAACAGCCCCAACAAUAUCUACAUUGAGCGGGACCAGGAGCAGCCACAAACGACGCAUAUGACCCUCCGCACAGUCCGCCACGCCGAGUUCCAGUCCUCGGCCGAGUUGGAAUCGAUUAGCCUGGGCUACCAGUUCCUCUCAGUGCGCAUGCACGCCCGCACCAAGGGCGCCGCGGGGGCCGUCACGGCCAUGUUCACCUACCGGCCGCCGCCGGAGUCGGAUGAGAUUGGCCUGGUGCAGGAGGCCGACCUCGAGAUCCUCACGCGGGACCCGCCCGCGUAUGUGCAGUACACCAACCAGCCCGCGUGGAACAGCACGAGCGACAUCCCCGACGCGACGCGCAACACCACGCUGCCCGACGGCCGCCGGUGGACCGACUGGGCCGAGUACCGCAUGGACUGGACCCCCGGCAGCAGCACGUGGUUCGUCAACGGGCACCUGGCGAGCCGCAUCACGUUCCAGGCGCCGCGGGACCCGGCCCAGGUCAUGUUCAACACGUGGAGCGACGGCGGCAGCUGGUCCGGCAACAUGACGGUCGGCGGCGAGGCCUACAUGCAGAUCCGCUGGAUCGACAUGGUGUACAACAGCACCGACCCCGGGACGGAGCGGCCGGGCGGCUGCAGGAACGUGUGCAGCAUCGACGAGACGACCAAGAUCGGCACGCCCGUGCUUCUGACGGGAGCCCCGCAGGCGUGUGCCUCGGCCAAGUAUGGCCAGUGUGCUGGUAGGACGUGGAAUGGAUGCCAGAGUUGUGAGGCGGGCUCGACGUGCCGGUUCCAAAACGACUUUUACUCUCAGUGCUUGUGAUGUGCGGUGAUUUUGUGUGUGUCCUCAUGUUGUCUGAUCCUACUGUCGCUUGCAAGUUUCCUUGAGUGUUUUGGGGUUGUGUGAGUGAUGUUCCCGUCCCAACUUGCAGCAAAUCUUGGGCCAAGCGUUUAGUUCGGGUUUCGAGUUUGAAUUGCCCGGUGGGCGGGUGUUCUUCACUGUUCGGUCUUUGUUGCAAAUUGUCACAUUUG